AUGGACUCAAACUCUGGGUCUUCAGAUUCAAAAGGGUUUUCUCGAGCUCGCAAUUAUGUCAAGACUUUGGGCCGAAAAGCAAAAAGCAAGCUCAGGUCCUUGUCUCAAUCUACAUCUACACUACCUAUGAACGAACUCGAAUCAGACUCAGCAGCGAUCCCUCCCGCCUCUCCUUACCGGAUGUCUACAUUCUCCAGCCAUGACGCGUCUUCAAUCCCGUCCAAAGUCCAUCGAUCCGAACCAGCACUCAGUGUAGACCCAUCUCUCCAAACUAAACCUCAGAUAUCCCUAUCCGAGUCGUUACCUGGUGGAACGGAAACCACAAGCACGGGAUGGGAGGGCCUGCGGUCUACUCUCCGAGUAUUGCAUAGUGCCAUUGAGACAUUUCCCCCACUCCAAUCGGCAAUUGGUUCUUUGGUUGGCUGUCUAGGCCUUUUUGAGACCGCUUUCAAGAAUCAACAAAGUCAAGAUGAUCUAGCAUUGGAACUUCGGCAAAUUGUAAUGUUUCUGACACAACAUCUUCAAGAUCCACAGUCGGCACAUAUGGUUGGCGCAAUUAAUGGUAUAUCUAAAAACAUUGACAAAGAGCUCAAAUCGAUCAUCGAAUCUCAAGAGCAAAGUAAAGGAAAACAGAUUGUUGCAGCUAAGCAUAACGAAGACCUAUUGUUGAGGGAUUACAGGCGAAUAGAGAAUUUAUUUCGUCGACUACAGAUCGAAGUCAGCAUGAGUGCAUGGAGCGUUGCGCAUGAACAUCUCGUGGUCACUCGGCUUGAGAAUUUGACUCCAGCUAAACUGGCUGCCUAUGACUCGACCCAUGGCACAGAAGUCAACCGUCGUACUUGCACAAAGAACACGAGAGAAAUGAUUUUGCAUGACUUGAAUCAUUGGUCUGACGAUACGGAUGCCAAGCGAAUAUAUUGGAUGAAUGGUAUGGCUGGUACCGGUAAAACGACGAUUGCGUGUAGCCUGGCUCAAGCGCUCGAGGCCCGCGGUCAGCUAGGAGGUAGCUUCUUUUGCUCUAGAGCAUCCCCCGAGUGUCGAGACGCUAAUCGGAUCGUACCAACCAUCUCGUACCAAUUGGCUCAGUACUCGACUCCGUUCCGUGCAGCAUUGUUUCAAGUCCUUGACGAAGAUCCCGACGUUGGUUCCCGAAACAUCACCUCGCAGUUCGAAAAGCUUCUGAGAAAUCCGUUGAUGGAAUCGAGGAAUCAGCUAAUAGGCAAUGCCAUAAUUGUGAUCGACGCACUCGAUGAAUGCGAGAGCCCAAGUGCUGUGAAACUCGUCUUGGAAGCACUACUGAAGUGUACAUCUGGCCUUCCUAUCAAGUUCCUUGUCACGAGCCGGCCUGAUCCAAGGAUCUACGACAAAAUAUCCCAAAACAGCCAUUCGCAAGGCAUGAUGCAUUUGCACGAGAUUGAACACUCUAUAGUUCGAGCAGAUAUUGAAUUAUACUUGAAGGAGGAGCUUUCAGAUAUGGCGCCUAAGGAAUCUCAGAUCCUCCAACUGAGUAAUCUUGCCGGUAACCUGUUCAUAUAUGCAGCCACUGCGGUCCGAUAUAUUCAACCCGAUGAUGUGUUUGUAGACUCGGAAGACCGACUUGAAAAUGUUCUCAACACCCAGCUUGCGUCCACUAAGAGGCUCGCAGACCUCGACAAUUUAUACAGGGCAAUACUCGUCACAGCACUCAAGAACGAAAAGCUCGAAAAGGAGGAAGCUCUACGCAUCCAACUUGUUUUAUGGACUGUCGUUUGCUCAAGAGAGCCAAUGGAUAUAAACACAGUCACCAUGCUAGUCGACAAGGGCGAAACAAAGCACAUUUCAACCGCGCUCAAACCACUUCGGUCCGUAUUGCAUAUGUCAGAAGCUACUGGACUAGUGUCGGCGUUGCAUGCUUCCUUUCCCGAUUAUAUACUUAAUCGGGAGCGGGCGAACGAAUUCUUUUGUGAUAAAGAGGCUCACCAUCUGGUCCUUGCUUCUCGGUGCUUUGAUAUAAUGAGCGCUAACUUAAGUUUUAACAUUUGUGGCCUAGCUUCGUCCUUUGUCCCUGAUUCUGCUGUUCCGAACCUUGAAAUGCACGCGACUGCCCGGAUAUCUUCACCUUUAUUUUAUGCUUGCCGUUAUUGGGGAGAUCAUUUUGUUCUUGCUUCCGAAUCCGGGAAAAUAGGGCAGAAACUGAGCGAAUUCCUGACGCACCGGCUUCUUUUCUGGAUGGAAGCUAUGAAUCUGAAGAACUGCCUAAAAGCGGGCCUUUUGGUACUAGUGGGUGCUCAAAAGCGGAUCAUGACUUGUAACGAGUACAGAAGUUUUCGAAGAAGUAUCGCCGAUGCUCACACCUUCCUCACCCGAAUCGUUGCUACCCCAAUUGUGCAGUCGACCCCACACCUAUAUAUAUCCGCAUUUCAGUUCUGUCCAAGAUCCAGCUCCGUAUUCAAUAAUUACGAGGGCAUGAUACAAGAACGCAUGAACGUGAGCGGAACCGCCAUGAUGCGACGUGAUACAGCGCCUCUGGCCAUAUGGAGUACCGAGCAUGGCCUCAAUUGCUUCGCACUCUUUCCAGACGGCACUCGCAUUGCUUCUGGCUCGUCUGAGGGUACUAUAAGUGUCUGGGAUACAGCCAAUGGGACACUCCUUGUUGGACCAACUGAGCCUCGUGGUCACAGCGUCCUCGCGAUAGGAGUUUCGCCUGAUGGUCAGCUAAUCGCGGCCGGAUAUGAAGAUGGCACCGUAUCUACCUGGAAUACAACAACCGGUUCGCCAGUAUCCGGACCAUUUAAUGGCCACUUUGACAGCGUAUUAGCGGUGACAUUUUCCCACGACAAUAUGCGUAUUUUCUCUGGAUCUAGGGAUCAUACUAUACGAAUUCGGAAUGCAUUUACUGGUGUCCUCACUACUGGGCCUCUCGAAGGGCAUACCGGCAGUGUCCAUUCUAUUUCAGUGUCACCCGAUGGUAAAAUUAUCGUUUCCGGUUCGGCCGACUACAGCAUCCGUAUCUGGAACUCGAUUGAUGGAACACCAAUAGGGAUUCCUCUAGUGGGGCACAGUGGCACCGUGUGGUCUGUCCAGUUUUCUCCCGACGGCGCCAGCAUAGUUUCAGGGGCGGACGACAAUCUCGUAGUGGUGUGGGAUGUAAGCGACGAGAAAUCCAUCUCUGUACGGUCAAAGCUCGAGGGACAUGAAGAAGGCGUUGUAUGCGUAGGGUUCUCCCCGGGUAGCGAAUAUAUUGUCUCUGGUUCAUAUGACGGCACCAUCCGGACGUGGGAUGCCAUUAAUGGCGUUUUGAUUUCCGGUCCAUUUGAAAGACGCGAUAUAGGCUUCCGGUCUGUAGGCUUUUCUCCUUAUGGCACCUGGUUUUAUUCCGGUUCUUCCGACGGCACAAUUUGUCUCUGGGAUGCUACCUCCAGAGCCAUUCUGGACGGAAUCCCUCGUGGCCAUACCAGCAGUGUGGAAUCAGUCCAGUUUUCGCUAGAUGGUACGCAUAUUAUCUCUGGUUCUGAGGACCAUACUAUAUGCGUGUGGGACUCUCGCGAAGGCAAUUUGGCGGUUGGGCCAUUCAGGGGGCAUACCGCCGGGGUGAUAUCAGCCGCUCUAUCUCCGGACGGCACUCGAAUAGUAUCUGGCGCAUUUGAUCGAACUAUUUGUAUGUGGAACUCGGCAGACGGUAGACUCCUGCUUGGCCCGUUUCGGGAGCACAAAGAUUGGGUAAAAUGUGUGGAGUUUUCGCCCGAUGGCGCCUCUUUUGUCUCAUGCUCAGACGAUAGGACUAUAUGCGUGUGGGAUACGAUGCGAGGCGUUCCGCUUGUGGGGCCAUUUAGGCAGCAUAACAGUAGCGUACACUCAGUAGGAUUCUCGCCCGAUGGUGCCCGCCUGGUUUCCGGGGCUUCCGACGGUACCAUUUGCAUAUCGGACUCGGCCACAGGGAAACUACUACAUGGGCCAUUUAAAAGGCAUAGCGACUGGAUCAGCUCCGUAUCAUUCUCUCCCGAUGGCCGAUUCAUUGCUUCUGGCGCUGGGGUCAAAGACCGUACCAUCUGUAUCUGGAGUGCGGAUGGUGAAAAGUUGAUGUGUGGUCCACUACGGGGCCAUGAAGGUGGAGUGUUGGCGGUGUCGUUUUCUUCUGAUAGCCGGCGAAUCGUUUCCAGCUCGGACGACCGUACUAUUCGAGUGUGGGACACACAAAGUGGCGACCUCAUAUUUGGGCCACUCAAAGCACAUCAUCAAAGCGUUCGCUCCGUUCGUUUCUCACCCGACGGUACUCGCAUCGUGACUGGGUCCCGUGACCAAACUAUCCGCAUACAUGAUAUUGAACACUCUCGCAAUCACAACGAUGCCCUGAAUGGGAUAUGGGAAAUAACCGAUGAUGGCUGGUUCAAAAACGAGAAAUCACAACUCCUUUUCUGGGUCCCUCCGGAGAUCAGGCGUUCGUUUCCGAGGCCAUACAACCCAUUGACGAUUGGCCCCGAGGGAUCGAUUCAAGUUGACUACAGUCGACUGCGCCUAGGAGAGAAUUGGCACGAGUGCUAUAAACGCAACUAA